AAUCCAUCUGUAUUGAUGUGGUGCCUUCAUCCAGGUACUGGAGCUUGGGAAAGUGCAUUAACAAACACAUUAUCACCUGGUGACAGAAUUGUGUCUUUUCUCAUUGGGCAAUUCAGUCUUCUCUGGAUUGAUCAACAACAACGCCUCAAAUUUGAUGUUGAUGUCAUAGAAAGUGAGUGGGGACAAGGCGCCAAUCUUGAUAUACUGGCAAUGAAGCUAGCAGCAGACAGGGCUCACACAAUUAAGGCCAUUUGUAUUGUCCACAACGAGACAGCAACUGGAGUAACCAAUAAUUUGUCAGCUGUAAGGAACCUUCUAGGAUGAUCACAACCAAGCAGG